UGCAAGGAAGCGUUAGAUCAAUGCUUGGUAUAACAGGAGGAGCUGUGAGCCAAAAACGAAUUUCAAGGUCGUUAAAAAGAGUUGCUCCACUAGCCUUUGAUGCAAGAACACGGGACACAUUGCAAAGGACAAAUCCCAUUCCAUAUUAUGCACCAUACUUUGGUUACAAAGGGCAUCUAGACCAAAACGAAAAAGUAGCUCAAAAUUUCGGCAUGACACAUGUAUGCUUUACUGAUGGAUGCUCAAGGUUUAUAGUAGCCUCUGUUACUAUGCCUAUAAAGAAUCCUAUUCUUAUAUACGAGUACUUGUUUAGGCCUGCAUUACUAAGAUAUGGAUUAUUUGACCAAAUACGAAUGGAUCAUGGAACAGAAUUCUGUCUGUGUGUCUUUGUGCAAGAAUUACUGAAAGGAUACCGAUAUGAUCAAAGACGAGACCCAUGGAAAAAGACUGCGUCUACCAGUAACUAUGUAGCUGAACGCAUGUGGCCUGAGGUGAACKGAAGGAUUAAUUACCCUAUAAAAAGACAACUUUGUGUGAUUGAAGCUCAAGAUGAUUUAGAUUUUACUUGUCCACUUGUUAAAUURUGUGUUUCAUGGGUGACCAUGUUGGUUGCAAAGGAUGCACUUGAGCACUUGAUUGAUUCAUGGAAUUAUCAUCGAAUCCCUGGACCAAAUGGUMGUGUCCCUAUCGAAAACAAAGAACAGACUUCACAUACGGUACAGUUAGCACCUGAGCUAAUUCCAACAGUUUCUGAGGUAGUACAGAUGUAUGAAGAGAUGGGUGGGCAUCUAACACGUGAUUCCUCAUUUGGUGUUGACCCCAUUGUUGCUCGAACUGACCUUCUUGAAUCUCGUGAAAAGCUUUUUUUCAGUUCACAGCCCUCAGGACAGGCUAUAUUUGCUGAAACAGUGCAUGGAAGCUUUGUAAGUCUGAAAAAUGCCAUUGUUGCUUUCAUACAGAUCACACGCUACCUUGAAAGUUUUUUGUAGAUGUAUAAUGUAUAUGCUAAGUGUUGAAAUAAUUUUUAGUGUUUACUUGAGUUACAGUAGCCUGAGUAGUUCCACUCAGUAUUGCCAAUAAGCAAGGUCGAGCAGCCCUAUUCUAUUGAGGGUAUUAUAUUUGAAUAUCACAUUUAGUUCGAGGAACUAGCAACAACAUGUGAUUGUACCUUUUUUGCUUACCAAAAGUUUUAAAUAUUAAAAUAUUCACACUGUCUUAUAGCUACAUUUCAAUAUGACAUCAUGGCUAACAUGUCCAUGAAAAAUCGUCUCAUUGCAACUUUCCCUGUGAUACAGUAAAUAGAAAGAACAAGCCCAGGUUAGUAACCGCUGACAAAUUUGCAAAAUGCUUUUUAUAAAAAAAUUAUACUUUUUUAAUAACUUUCAGUUUUUUAGCUACACAUAGAAGCCUGAAAUCUCUUAAUGGUUACUAACUUGGACUUGCUCUUUCUAUUUAUGACAUCAAAAUGAGAUGUUUUUUGAUUGUCACGACAUGACAUUAUGUCACAUUGAAACCCCAAAAGUAUCAGAGGGCAACACAUUUUUUUGUGGGAUAUUCACAGUAAAGGCUGCAACCUGGUUGCUGUGUGUAAGCAAUAACUGUUUACAAUCAAUUUGACAAAACAAUAGUUACAAAAAAUGACUGCUAUGAUUUUUAAAUAUAAACAUUUUUAUUAUAUGUAUUUUUAUGUUAAAUUCCAUGUAAUGAUAAAACAAGCAUAAGUAACAAAUGGACUAACACAAGUGUAGUCAGCAUUUUUGAGUUCAAACAAUCUAAGAAACUUAGGUAUAAUGUAUAUUAUUWAAAUCCAUAUUAAGUUACUUUAACAAUGCAACAUUAACACGUUUGAAUUAAAAUAGCUAUCUUGGAUAAUAUUAUGCAAACUCAUCUAGAAUUUCAUCUAAAUGAUGACUGUACUUUCAAAGUGCUAUACUUUCAAACAUGKCACUGAUUGACAAAGCACUGCAAAAAAUUAAACGUUUGAGUCUGCUAUAUAAAAAGUUGKCACUUUUUCCACUUGCUUUACUUCGGUUGUUUAUCAAAUAUUUCCAAGCUUUCACUACAGASUAUUUAUUGCCUUCACACAAAAUAGGUUUCUGCCAGUUCAAACAGACAUUGAUUAGCUUUUUUGAACUAGAAAGUUUAUAAUAGAUGGGCAAAAAUUUUAGAUGCGAAAAUGAACCUUAUACACUUGGGAAAAAAGCACAAAAAAAAGCACAUUGGAACGACUUCACAAAACAUGUUUUUCAUUAUGAUGAGGAAAAUGUCGGUAUGCUGAUGAGCUCAUUAUUCGUCAAUAUGGAUUCUUUGAUYUUUGAGAUAAAGCCAAACAGCCAGUUUUUGUCCUUUUCUACAGGAAGAACAAUAUGUAAGCAGAAGAGGAGCACAACCUGGGUUCCAUGAAGAAAAGAAAGUAAAAAAAAUAAAAAAAGUUUGACAACAAAAUGUAAUUGCUAAA